UGUUGAACAUAUGCUUCAUUCUAUUGCAUUAAAUACGGCUUUGUGUUUGUUGAUGAACGAAUGUAUUGUGGAAAUGCAUUGCUGCAAAUAAACAAACGCGUGGAAUAUAACUACGUAAUUGUAUCAGUAAAAAGUGUACAUACUCCAUUGCACCAGGAUACACAUUUGUUUAACAGUAAACUGCAUUGGACUGUUAAACAUUGUGCACUAAAAACGUGUUCUAAAUCCGUCUUUUUCAUUCACUCGAAUCACGGCGAGGUGUUUUCCCAUCUAAAUAUAAACGUGCAAUGUUUACGUGACGUGCUCGUCUAAAUAUAAAAGCGCACUGUGCAAUCGCGUCAUGUGCUUAGUUCAACGAAAGAAGCUGAAUCAAUAUGGCGGAACAUGGACCAUCGAACGCGGAAGAAAUGGACAUCAUAGACCCGGACUUGUCUAAACAACUCUCCACAAUAUUAGAGGAUGAAGGAAUUACAGAGGAAAUCGUGAUGGCAAGGCGCAUUACAUUCCUUAUGAUGGAGACCGCUUUAACAAUGAUUAGUAAACUUAGCAAUCAAUCAUUCGAGUAUUUCUGUUUUGGCAGCCAGUCAGAAGGAGCGACAACGCUUGGACUACGGUCUGAUGUAGACCUUUUACGGCGUAUACCAUCUAUUAAUAUAAUGCAAGGGGAUUCGACAACAUGGAAAAAAGGAAUGCUGAAUUGUUUGAUGCUUUGUAUUAAGGAUUAUCCACAACAUUUUAAUCUGCAGGUUUACAGAAGCGAUAAGCCCAAACCAGUGAAAUCAAAAACAACACAUUGCAAUGGCAUGCUCUUAAGUUAUGGAAUAGAUUGCGUGUUAUUAAGCUCUGAGUUUUUUAGGAAACAUUUCGAAACGUUAUUACAACCUUUUAGCGACGAUAAAUCUACCUAUACCGCUGGACCUUCCGUAAGUUUUAGCGACUAUAUAGACAUUGUGCAAGCACUGUGCGUAUCAGGUUACAUUCCUGAACUGCAGACGUGGCUAGACAGGCCCCGACAGGGUAAUUGGCCACCUCUAAAAUUGUUAGAGGAAGCGAAACAUUGCGCGUGGUUCCUUGUACCGGUAGGAAAUCCAAGCUCGCACCUAAGAAACGCAGAGUGGAGAAUUUCGCCAAAUCUUAUUGAAAGAAAACUCAUGUUCAGUUUAAAUAUUACUCAGCUGAAAUGUUAUAUAUUGCUGAAAGUACUCAAGCGCUCUAUUAAAUGGGAAAUGGAACAACAGGAAGGCGAACUUACGAGUUUUCACUGCAAAACAGUGUUGUUUUAUACACUUGAAAGAACGCAAGAUCCCCCUCUCCAAGAAAGCAACGUAGCAAUGCUUCUAAAACUUUGUCUUCAAACGCUCCAAACAUUUCUUAAAGAUGGUGUAUGCCCUCAUUAUAUCAUUGACCGUGUAAAUCUGUUUGACGGUAAACUAAAUAGUACACAACGUCACGCGAUACUCAACAAGGUGACGGUACUCAUAGAUAACAACUUAUGUGGGUUCGUAGAAAGUAAACUUGGUAACGCAACACGAUUAUCCUCUGACCAACGUUUUAUUUCGCAUGUAUGUAUUUGCAGUAAACUCGCAUUUGAAAGGAUACAGUGGUUCCAUAUAAGCAUGCUUGCUUUCCAUUGGUUCAUCAGUAAACCUAUCGAUGUUAUUGGGGAUCAGCUUAACACGCUGAUUCACAAAUGUAAAGAAAUAAUAAAUUGUCACAACGCCAAUGCAUUUGAAAUACAAGCAGCUAGGGAAAUAUUGACAACUGCUUUGUCUUUUCGAGGCUCUAUACAAGCGGCCCUAGCAAUUCAAAGCGGCAUCUCGAUUAACCAAGAUGUCAUGGACAGUUUCAAGGAAUCGGUACAAGUCGGUGAUGUCGAAAAUCAAAUCAAUAAUUUAUCAGAAAUGCUUCGCUAUUGCAAUCUUGCUUCGGAAAUAAAGGAUUGUUUAAUUAACAAACAUGCCAUUGAAACCUUCGAAAAGGCCCUUGAGACGAAUGGAUUCUCAAGUCGACUGAAAUUAGCAUCUGUCAUGUACUGCUCUGGAAAUUUGCAGUCAACAAAAUUUAUUCUUGAAUAUGCAGAACGUCAAUUUUACCAGUACUCUAUGAAGUCCUUAUGUCGGUGUGGCAGUUAUUACAAUCGGUACAUAGACCACCGAAAAAUGUUUGAAAAUAAACCCAAUCCUAACAUUGAAAGCAAAAUUGCAUUAUGCAUAAUUUUUCUUUCUAAUGAGGCACCAUGCGUUCCCCCUGUGCUUUUGUAUGAAAUGACCAAAACAGGAUGUGCACCUGAUUACCGAGAAAAAAUGAGUAUAAAAAUAGAAUUGAAUGGUGUGGCUAGAGUAGAUGCUCGCGUGUUCAUGUAUUACCUGCAAUACCUCACGUACGGAGGUCUCGGCAUUCGGGAAAAACAGAUCGUUGUCUUGACGAAAUUCGAAGACUACAAUUCAACGCAUAUUGAUGAUCGCAUCUUGGAUCUCCAUUAUGAUCAUGGUCGUAACCGCGAGAUAUCUCAUAUGGCGACUGCAUUGAAUCUGCUCGGCCACUGCUGGGAGAUGGAAGGGGAUCUGAACAAAGCAGUCAGUAUAUACGCGCUAUCCCGAGAUAGCAAGCCAAACAACAAUCCUGCCUACUUGCACAUUGGGAGACUUUCGGGCGAUUCACUAGAUCAAUAUACGUAGUUACAACUGGUUGUUAUUUAUAUACAAUGACACUCGGCUCACGAACUGCUGAAAACGUUGAAUAGAACUUACUUGAAACAUAAUUUCAAAUAUAAAUAACACUCACUCAUAUUUGUAAACUAUUUAAUAUAUUUGGAUUUAUUAUAUAUUUGAGCAAUCAAACUUCAAGCACAUUUGUAUGAUUUACUGUUUUAAGGAAGCACUUAAUAUAUCGU